AUUAUUUUAACUUAUUAUUAAACGACUAAAAGUAGUGUAAUGUGAUCAGAAACCCCUUGUGCACUAAGUUCAAUAAUUAUCUCCGUAUAUAAACACUAACUAUGGAUAUCUACAAUAAGUUGAGUGAGUCGAUGAACAAACUUGAAACACUAUUCCAGUCACGUAUGACCCAGUAUGAAUCCGAGCUGAAGAUGGCUGCGACAGGUGACUCACAGAGUGCCCACAAGACUAUUGCUGGCCUGCCACGGGAUUUCAUGGAGUUCCGACACCUCAUCUGGCAAACUGUGAGCACACUUAAAGAUCAAAUGGAGUUGGUGCUGCUGGGCCUGGACAGGCUCGAGAUGGCAUCCCGUUCCAAGGUGCUGCUAUUCCAUGGGAUAUCAGAAGAAGAUAAUGUGACACAAGAAUCUCUCAUUCUACAUACUCUGAACACCAAAAUGAAAUUGUCGACGGUCGCAGCUGAGGACAUCGUAAAGUGUCACCGAUUAGGUGCCACUUAUAGUACCGGUAAGCCUCGCCCCCUCCUGGUACGGUUUCAAAACAGCCGGCUUCGUAACCUAGUGUGGAGUGGUAAGACGUCUCUCAAGGGUUCUAAGAUUACCCUGUCGGAGUUCCUAACAAAGCCGAGGCAAGAGGUGUUUAUGCAAGCAAGAAAACAUUUCGGAAUUCGUCGCUGCUGGACAUCAGAUGGUCGUAUUGUCGUCCUCCUUCCAAAUAAAUUACGGCACAAAAUUGAGACAGAAGCCGAAUUGGCGACCCUGAUGUCUCAACAUCCAACUCCUGCAGCAGAGGAUUCAUCAAAGGCAACGAGCAGUGGUUCAGAGGUGCCGAAAAAGACUGGUUUUGGUUCUAAACGCCUUCCCAAGUCCAAGUAAUCACGUAUGUUUUUAUUUAUGUUCUUAAAAUAAGCUCAUCUUAAUUUUUACAUACAUAUAACUAUGUUUUUAUUGUUGUAUUAAUUUAUAUAAACAAGCACAAAUCAUGUUUAAGUUUGUCUCUUAUCUAUUAUUAGUUUUGUUAUAUAACUUUAUUCUUUUCUCUUAUCUAAGUGACGGUAUAUUUGUAUUCGCACACUUUGACUAUUAAAGACAGGAUUUGACAAGCGUGCUCAUUCUACUUCAUGAAUUGUAAUACACAACCAAUAAUAAAAUAUUGCCCAUGAGAGUGUUAUGAUUUCCUAAAUGACUUGCUAGUGUGCUCAAAUUAAGUUAGCGUAUAAGUGCUUUUUAUUUUUUGUAUUAGGUUAAGCCAGUGUGCGAUUACAAAGUUAAUAAAUAUUCAAUAUUAUAUUUGUUGUACAAUUUAAAACUUUAUUUCUCCACUUUUAAGUUGUGGCAUAAUUUGCAUAGUACAACUGCUGGUAUGGCGCUUUUGCCAAGUCUAUUUUCUAUAUAGUCGAAGUACGCAUCACAGCGGUGGUUUGUUUACAUUAUUUUUACAUUACUGUAUGUAGGUAGAAUGGUGCGACGCGCAGCCGUGCCUAAACCGGGCUGCAUGAAUUAUAAUCGCUGUUUUACUUAAAUGAGAAUGAUGAGCGAUAUGUCGAUUGUUACGAAAUCUUUUUUUUUUUUUUGUUUUUUCGUUGGCGUACCUUAUCUAAAUAUGUAAUAUUAUUGUU